GUUCAGUUGCGGUACAGCGUUUGACGCGUAGACGAAGGGGUACCAGUCGAAGCGAACACGAGAUGCCAAUGGUGGGUGGGCAACGAGUAGUCGCGCGACGUUCGUCCGAUAGAAUGUGAACAGUGAUAAAAUUCGGCGGUAACGUGGUGCAAAAUCGAAUAGCAAUCGUGCCCGUAAACCUCGCGUGCUAAUGUGAUCUGUAAAAAGUAAGAGGCGACAAAGUGCAGUGACUCGACGUUUGAUUGGUGGUGCAUGCAAGAGCGGCCCUUCGCGCACACGCAUAUACACGAGUCUUCCGGCAAAACUGUAACGGACUGUGCUGCGGGUGGUGCACUUUCAUCCGUGUGCUUGGCCACGCGCGCGGAGGUAUCCACGCUUUGAGUCUCGAGUGGCCGAGGCGCAACUUAAGCUACGUAUACACUAGGACACAUGUCGCGUGACAUCUGCAACGGAACAGCAGAGACGCUACACAGGGAUCAGAAAGAUGGAUCAUCAGCAAAACAGUCGGAAGCAGGCUGUGAACUCGCCGGAACUGGCGAUAGCGAACGAGGUGUUUGAUCAGUUCUGCAAUGCGACCACACUCAAGACCAUUCUCGGCCACUUCAGGCAUCUCUGCGAGCUGCUGAAGAUCAGGCCAAACACGGUCACUCAGUUCUAUCCGAAAUUGAAGGGGAAACUGCGAUCGUGGAAGGCACAGGCGCUUUGGAAGAAGUUCGAUCAGAGGGCGAACCACAAGUGUUACAAUCGCGGCAAAGCAUGCCCUAACACAAGGGUGUUGAUCAUAGGGGGUGGUCCCUGCGGGCUUCGUUCAGCCAUAGAGGCGCAGCUGUUAGGAGCGAAGGUCGUCGUGGUCGAAAAGAGGGAUCGUAUGUCAAGGAACAAUGUUCUUCACCUAUGGCCGUUCGUUAUACAAGAUCUGCGUGGUCUCGGGGCGAAGAAAUUCUUCGGGAAAUUCUGCGCGGGGUCGAUCGAUCACAUCAGCAUCCGGCAGCUUCAGUGUAUCUUGCUCAAAGUCGCUCUGAUCCUGGGCGUUGAGUUCCACGAGAGUGUGAGCUUCGACUCUUUGGUACCGCCGCCAGAGAACCAAGAAGAAGACAAAAUCGGAUGGAGGACGAAAACAACUCCGGCCGAUCAUCCGGUCUCUCAGUACGAGUUCGAUGUUUUGAUCGGCGCGGACGGGAAGAGGAACACGCUAGAGGGCUUCAAGCGCAAAGAGUUUCGGGGAAAAUUGGCGAUCGCAAUUACAGCGAAUUUCAUAAACAAACGGACUGAGGCGGAGGCUCGGGUCGAAGAAAUCAGUGGUGUGGCUUUUAUCUUCAACCAGAAGUUCUUUAAAGAAUUGUACCAAGAAACUGGUAUCGAUCUGGAGAAUAUCGUUUAUUACAAAGACGAUACCCAUUAUUUUGUGAUGACUGCCAAGAAGCACAGUUUGAUCGACAAGGGUGUCAUUCUGCAGGAUCACGCAGACACUGCCAAAUUACUCGCCAAAGAGAAUGUGGAUCGCGAGGCACUGAUGCUUUACGCUCGCGAGGCGGCUGAAUUCUCCACGGAAUACCAAAUGAUGGACAUGGAAUUCGCAGUGAAUCAUUACGGGCAACCAGACGUGGCCAUGUUCGAUUUCACAUCAAUGUAUGCGGCGGAGAAUGCCAGUCGGGUUCUGGAGCGUCGCGGUCAUAGACUGCUCAUGAUCCUUGUCGGCGACAGCCUACUCGAGCCGUUUUGGCCGACGGGCUCUGGCUGCGCGAGGGGGUUUUUGAGUUCAUUAGACGCCUGCUGGGCAAUCAAGCAAUGGGGCGCCUCGGUGUCGCCGUUGGAGAUGAUCGCGGAGAGAGAAUCGAUCUACAGACUACUCGGGCAGACUACGCCGGAGAAUUUGAACAGAGAUUACGCGGCGUACACUCUGGACCCUCACACCAGAUACCCAAAUCUGAAUGUAUCCUCUGUAACUCCAAUGCAAGUGCGAAGUCUCCUCGAUACAGAUGAUCCCGACAGCAUCAAGCAGCCCCCUGUGAUAUCCGACGUUGAUAUCCCUAAGAAACGGCGUCGUCGCGAUCUCCAUGGAGAUUCACAGAUCCAUCCAGACAUGUUGCUUCGCUGGCUGCAAAAGCAGGUCGCCCUGUACGACACCGUCCAGAUCGAAGACAUGGGCGCCUCGUUCAAAAGCGGUCUGGCUAUUUGUGCGAUCAUUCACAGAUACCGUCCAGAUCUGAUAGACUUCCACAGCUUGGAAGCGAACGACGUGGAAAAGAACAAUCAACUGGCCUUCGACGUGUUGGAGAAAGAACUGGGUAUACCGCCGAUAAUGACCGGAGAAGAAAUGGCUCGAUGUGACGUUCCUGACAAGCUCGCGAUGUUUUCCUAUUUGACGCAGAUAUACGAGGUCUUCCGCGGCGAAAUUCCUUACGUUAAACAUCCAAAAUUCGAGCCGGAAAACGAAGAGAGGCCGUCGCACAGCAAACAAUUGAGCCAGCUGACGGUCGACCAAAAAGUUCAUUUACUCGACCGAAUCGUGAGUCGGCAGGAGAGCGCGACGAGAACGAGACACUCGCGAUCGAGGCAUAACGAGAAUUUGAAUCCCGCUGAUAAAAAAGGGGAUACCAUCAGUCGACGUUCUCGAAAGAGACGCAGCACGGAGAAAAUGGGCGCGACAGUCGAGGAAAGGCAGAAGAGACUGGCCGAUAUCGAAAAGAAUCGCGUGGAACGCAUGCGAAGGCGGCAAUAUUUGCGAAAGAUGGCGACGCAGCAAUUCUACAAAAGUAUGCAGAUGCUGCAGGCGAACGCGAAACGCGAGAAAGACGAGCCGUUCGAGGAUUAUUCGAUAUUCUUGUACCGUCAGACCGCACCGGAUUUCAAGGAUCGAGUGAAAUACCUUGAACAGAAAAUCUUAUACCCAGACAGAGAACCGAAGAUACAUGCUGGUCAUCGUAGAAAUAGCAUAGAUGAAGAAUUUUCGGGACGAAUAAAAAAUAUCGAAGACAAAUUAAAGGGAGCGACACCGUCCGAGAAGAAACCCAGGGAUCUUCUACGCGCCAUUGGCAAAAUUGAGAAGACCGACUGGAAUGUGAAGGAAAUCGAAAAGAAAAUUGAGGAGAGUAAGAUGGGUCGUUCAGCCCGACACGACAAAUUAGAACGGGUGCCAAAAUGGAGUCGAGAACAGUUUUUAGCUCGACAAAUCAAGAUGGAGAAGAAGGGACGGGAUCAGAAGGAGUCAGAUAGUAAGUACGCUGAUAUUGACAGUACCCUGAAGAAUAUAGACAAGAAGAUCAAAGAGGGUAAUGUGCUCGGGUACAAUAAAGUCUCGGCUAUGGCCGAGCAAUUUUCGAAUAAAAAUCAGGACGCGGAGCCCAAGGUGCAGAAAUCGAACGUUAAACCUACAAUAACGUUACCGGCUCAAGGAGGUUCGGAGAUGUGUCAUUUCUGCAAUAAGAGAGUUUACUUGAUGGAGAGACUUAGUGCCGAAGGAAAAUUCUUCCAUAGGGGCUGUUUCCGUUGCGAAUAUUGUUCUACCUCAUUAAGAAUAGGAAACCAUACAUUUGAUAGAGAAAAGAAUGGCGGACGAUUCUAUUGCACGCAACAUUUAGGCUUUGCUGGUACGAUAAAAGCCCGCGCAGAGAAGAAAAGGCUUACUACGCUAAAUAAAGAGAAUAUACCUACUGCAGCUCUAAAUGUAAAAACACCUGAAAUGGUAAAGAUACCAUUGGAAGGCGUUGUUGGACUUGACUUGCUCGAUCGUGGGCAAACGCCCGAAAGAAUAGAAUUUGAAAAUUUGGCAGGCAUAUCGGAUGCUGAAGAACCACAAAGUCAAAUGGACGAGGAUGAAUGGACAGAUAGAAAUUUUGGUGCUUCCACUGCGGAAAUGGGUUCCAGUGACGACAUCUCGGAUAUGAGUGAUUCGGACGACGACAACGAAGUAUACGAAGAAGCAAUAGAUCAGCCUUUAACGACCGAAGGAACCCUUGAACUUGCUAAAAAUUGGACGUUACGGUAUUCUCAUCCACAUGCUGCAAUGGGGCAAUCUGACACCGGCAGCAACGAGUAUGAGGAUUCCAGUAAUGAGUAUACUAAUGAUGAUGAUGAGAGUACUACUGCAACGGAAGAUGAAGAUGACAUACGCGCUCGGGAACUCAGAAAGCAAGAAGUUUGGUUGAAACAUCCAACACGCAGUUCUGACACGGACACUGGUUCGGAAACGGAGGUCGCCUCUAGCGAUGGAACAUCAGAAGAGAGUGAGGAAAACUCGGCCACGGAAAUAUCUACGGACUCUGAAUUCGAACAUGAUGGUGCGAUUCCAAACCAACAUGAGAUUCCAAAAAUCACAAUCAACGAUUCAUACGUCCGAAAGACCAGAGGAAAUUACGUGGAGCCAAAGAAAGUUCAAGUGAAGAGUAAAGUUAUAUCAUCGAUCAAUGGAAACCUAAAGCAAAUUACAAAUUCGGAUCCGAAAUUACAGUUAACGAAAACAGAUCAUACUGCAAAUCCUUCUCAGACAGAAAAGGAAGGUAACUCGAAUUUAUUAGAAUCCAAUAACAGGAACCGAGUUCCUCUAAUGAAUCCACGUAAAGGCGACUACUUAUUGAACCGAACUCAUUCGACAGAGGGUAUCGCGUCCAAAUUGUCUUUAGAACUUAAAAAGAAGUAUUUACUUGGUGGCUCAGCUUUAGGCGGAUCUGUUAUGAAAUCUGGAUCAACAUCAAACGUGGAUACUCAAUUACGAAAUCUGAGCGAUGCUAUUUCUCAACAUCAGAAGCUUCUAAACCCAGCUCCAGAGCCAAGCCCUACAAUGCAAGCAUUUUUACAGGGAACGAGCAAACUGCGAUCAAACAAUACUCAACUGUCCCCAAUAUCACCCACUGCUAUAUUCUCUUCAUCUCCGAUACGACCAUACACCGCCAAUCGUUCACCUCAGAAUUUACUGAAUAAUGACAGCCCUAUUUGUAAGGCUACGAUUUUACCAGAAAUCUCGAAAACUCAGUUGCCAGAUUUGGUAAAGGAAUCUAGUAUUCUGAAGUCAAAAACUGCCCCGAAUAUUGUUUGCAGCGAGUCAAAAAACGCAGCGGACAAAGAACUCAAGAAGGAUCAAGUAGUACCUAGCCAUAUAAAAAAUACCGAAAUACUGGAAAACGUAAGAAACUCGCAAAAUACGGAAAGUAACUUUCCAGCUAAUGCAAAUGAAAACAAUGGUUUCAGACCACGGAGUCCACUGCAUGAGACAACAAUCAUUGUACCGCAUGUAGAUUGGAGUAAAAAGAACGAAGAAGCGAAGGAAGUUGCUAGCACCGGAGACUCGGAGAUAGAUAGUGAUUCCUUAUCUUCUAGUGAUGGUGAAGCAGAAGAAAGGGCACAGAACCAACAAGUAGUUAAUAUCAAUCUAUCCCCACCACGGUUGCAAAUCCACAGCACAGACGGGUAUUUAUUAUUAGACGAAGAAGCUGAUAAGUGCAAGGAUUUCGAUGACGGCCAGUCAUUCGAACCUGAUUCUAUAGAGUGUUCCCUUUUACGAGACAAAGAACUAGAUGAAAAUAUAAACCCCGCUAUGCGAAAUCAAAUUUCUUCUGCAAAUAAAACGUCAGUUGAACUGGAAAUAGUAAAAAAUGAAAUUGAACAGUUGGAACUGCAAGAUGAUGGCAAGAGAAGUAUUAGCAAUUGUAGUAGUCCGACAUCAGUGGCUUCGAGCAUAUCCAAUAAACGUGAUGAUUCCGAGGAGAAUGAUGUUACUACUGCAGCACUCACUGAAACUGAAUUUUCAGAAUGGGCUCGCGACGGGGAUGUUCUAGUCUCAGAUGAUCUACGAGAUGUAGAGUUCAAUAUUAACCCAGAGUUUAUAACUACAAGAAGGAAGACUGCAUUAUCGAACUCUACAAAAUUAAGUUAUACUCCAAUCACAAUAGCCAAAGAAGAAGACCUGACAGACAUAGAUCUGGACUCUUUCAAAUCUGACAAGAAGCUAAGCAUACCAGUUAACAAUACCUCCCAGCUUCUAGCCAAUGGCGAAAACAUAGACUUCAUGGAUACGGAUAAUGAUUCUUUAUUAGACGACAGUCUACAAGACGCUUCCAAUAUGGUUCUACUCAAGAACAGGGGUUAUGUCGAAUUUGUGAACAUUAAGAGCACUCCAAUGCAUACGAGUUUACAAAAUAAAUUAACUACAGACGCUCCCAUAGCGAAAUUGGAAAUAGAAAAUGACUCGUGUUCAGAAGAGGAGGCUUACAAUGACAGGAAUGUUAUAGAGAUAAACCCAGUUACCAUGGAUGAUGUAAUGAAUAAGUUGAAUAGUACAGUGAACAAACCUGACGGUGAAAUUAAGUUAAACAUAGAAACGAAAUUGAAUAGUACACGGCAAGAUCAACCCGUUGUAGAAGCAGUGAACAGGGAAAUGUAUCCGUCAAUGGAAGAAGAUAGUCUGUUGAUUGUCGAACCAGCUGAAGAUACCACUACCAGUGAAGUAAUCACAAUUCUUGCUAGUCCUGUUAAUCCACAAGUGUCACUAGUUCCAAAUCUAAGUUCCCAGACCCAAGAACCAAAUCAGGAAGAGCACAUGAAAACUGUGGCAGAUUCUAACAAUCCGGAUUACUUGGAAUACGUGAAGCGUCUACAAUCUAGAAUCGCGGAGUUCAGUAAUGCCAAAGACUCUAUAGACGUUAGAAAAUCAAAGAGGAAGAAUUCAAAAAGUUCUGUACAAUCUCGUACAGCUGAAAUGAUAGCGGAGGAGAUCAAGAGUCAGGAAGCUGCAGUAAAUAACAGUUUUAAUUCUCCAGUUACCUCUCGGAAAUUGGAAGAAAUUACCAGAGAAAGGUCUAAGCAGAAGAAUGUGAUACAGGAUUUGUUGAUGGACAAAGUAGAAGCUCACAAACAGAAGUCCGCGGAAAAGAAAGCGAGAAGAGCUGCCAGAGCUUCCUCUUUCAAUUCUACGCCUGUUUUGUCGCCUAUAAAACCACCUAUCCCUGGUGGUUUACCAAAUAAUAAAUUUGUACCAGCCUCAAUAGCAACACCAACAUAUAGUCCUCUGCGAACCACUUUCGCUGAGACCAAGAAAUUAUUAGAGGCAGAAUCCACUCGAGAUUUUCGGCAAUUCCCAUGGACACCAGAGAAUGAGAAAGAUACAUACAAUGAUAAGAAUAUAAGUAACGUUCCGUUUACUGAAAAUACCACAAUAGUUAGAACAGGCGGUGAAGCAGGAAAUUUGUUUAAAACGCCAGUAGCUCCACCCAGAUUGAAACACGAAGAAGCGAAAAGAACAGCUGAAAAAGCAAGACAAGAUGCCAGGGAAAAGCUUUCGAUGGACGAGAAAAAAAGUGAAGAAGUGCAACACGAACCUCGAGCCAGAGUUUACAGUGCCGGGGCAAACAACACUGGAUUGAAAUUGCAGACAAGCAAGAGCACAGAUAAUAUGAAGGCUGUGACAGAAGCGAUAAACUUCGGAGGUCUAUCUGCUGCUAAUGCAAAAUCAAUGGACCAACUAUUACAUGCUAGUGGUUCGCCGAAAUCCAACAAUUCUAUUACAGUUGUGAAAAGAGAUAAGAAGCAAAAAACAAAGGAUCCGGAAAGAAGAAAGAGUAUUAUUCAAGCAGUGUCAGACUUCUUUUUCAAAAAGGAGUCCUCUCCUUCGCCGUCCCAUCAGAAAGACAAGUUAUCUAUGUUCCGUCUGACAUCUAAAUCAAAAGGCAAAUUAUGUAAAUCGUAUUCGGAAGGGUCUGAUCUUGACAAAGUCACACCACCAAAGAUUAAUGCAAGACCAAAAAGUAUUUGCGAGGGGAUGCUAACAAGAAACUUCCGAAAUGAAAAUCCACCACCAAUCCCACCUCCUCCGCUUAAUUAUACUAUUCCUACUACACAAGUGUCAGAUGAUAGCCUAUCCGAAGAUGAUACGAAAACAACAGCAGUAUCGACAUCGUGCAUGCUGAAAGCCACAGUAACUGAAGGAUCGUGUAACAGUUUUUCACGAAAAUCAAAGACUACAAAACGAAUAGCUAGACAAGCACAGUUAAAGAGGUUGCGUAUGGCUCAAGAAAUUCAAAGGAAACUAGAAGAAACAGAAGUUAAACAGAGAGAACUCGAGAGUCGAGGAGUCAGCGUCGAGAAAGCACUCCGCGGAGAAGGAGAAUGUUCCGAUCGAGAAGAAGCGGAUUUACUUAGAGAGUGGUUCGAUCUCAUGAAAGAACGUACGGAAUUACGUAGAUAUGAGAAGGAGCUUUUAGUACGAGCUCAGGAGGUUCAGCUUGAAGACCGCCAUGAAAGAUUACAGCAAGAACUAAGAGAACGCUUAGCUGACGAUGAUGACAAGAAGACCAGUGACGAUGUGAAAAAGGAAGGAGAAAUUUUGACAGAAAUGUUGGAAAUAGUCGCAAAGAGGGAUUCCCUCAUCGCCCUUUUAGAAGAAGAGCGACAGAGGUAUCAAGAUGAAGAUCGCGACCUUGAAGCUCAAAUGUUGGCUAAAGGCCUCAGAUUAACGCCAAUAAAAAAAUGUGGUCCUAAGUAUUCAGUUUAAUAGGCAUCACAUUACUAUUGUACAUAUACUCCAUUCUAUAUUUUCAUUGAUGAAUUUUAGCAAAUAACUAAAUUAAUGAUACUGUAAAUAUGGAGCGUAGUAACUUACACGAAUCGAAGCUUAAGUUACAUGUAAUUUUUAUGCA